UAAUAGAUGCCAAAACGGCACUACGCCGGCACGAGCCGAGGUGGACCGAUCGUCGCGACGCGGGACGUAAUCGUCGAAUGCGGACGAGUGGAAACCGAGGAAAACCUCUGGACCGCGUGGUUGCAUGUAGAUCGCGAGGAAGAGAGGGAGGAGGAGGAGAAGAAGAAGAAAGAGAAAGGAAACAAGAAGGGAAAGAACGACGACGAGGUUCAUCGUCGCGAACGAAUCGCGGACAAGCAGACUGAACGGCAUCCUCGCGGAUUUUCAUCGCACGGAAGGGGGUAGCGGGUGCCACCACGGGGGCGGGGGUGGGCUUGCCCCUGCUUCUUCUCGUUGUUGCUCUCCUCGACGAUCUAACGCGCGCGACAACGGCCGCGCCGGUGAUAACCCAGCCGCUGGACAGCCUCCAUCCAGCCGACGCCACUGCAUCUAUUCAUCUGCCAUCGCGAACAUCCGAUCAGCCGUUCGCUUCGCGUCUGUUUCGCAGGCGGAAGUGCGCGUCCAGCCUUAACGAAAUCGGUUCCGAAGGUCACGCGAAUCAAAGAACUCUGGAUCAUCUUGCUACGCUGACGACGCGUCUUCUUUCGUCUUCGUCCGCGUCGCCGUUGCUAUUGACGUCGUCUCUAUCAUUAACAUCGCCGCUAUUGUUAACGCCACCGCUGUCGUCGUCGUCGUUGUCGUCGUCAUUAUCGUCUCCAUCAUUAUCGAGUGCGCCGUUGAAUAUUGUCAUCGUCAGGCAUCAAGAUCUCUCAGCUCUGAUACCGGAUCGUGACAACGAGGAUGAAGAGAUCGCAGCGCGACGAGGAAGAGCUAAACGAGUACCAAUCAGCAAGAGAUCGAAGCUGAAAGAUCAAUCCUCUCCGAACUUCAUCAAUUUCUGGCCGGAGGCAUGGCGACGUAUUGACGAACACUCUCUACAAUCUCGCAAGCUGGAAUCCGCACCGUCCGUCGACGAUGGCUUUCGCCCAAUAGUCCGAACAAUCUCUCCGCUGUUAGAACCCGUCUUCAAGUUUGGAGACUCGAUAUUGCGCCCGGAGAAUUCCCUGCGGGAUAUCCUACUUCACGAGAGCGCUUCGAAAACAACGGCGACGACGACAACGACGGUGGCGACGAGAACGACCACGCGGGACAUCGCGUAUCUCGGUGCUACUCAACGAACCGGAAGCACCGAGAAAGAUGACGUCGAGGGAGUGACUGAGGACGGGGUGAAGGAUGGUAAUAAUAGCGGAAGGGAGUUGGUGCUCGUGGGGAACAAGGAUAAUGGUGCGGUCGUAGUUGGUGGUGAUAGUGUCAUCGAGUGGACUACGACGACAGUCGCCGGGCCGAUGUCAUCGUCGCGGUUGGCGUUCUCCGGAGACGAUGUGCAGGUGGCCGAGCGUGUAAGAGUGCGCGCGAAUUCCGAGCGAAACUCACCGAAGAACGAGGAGAGCGACGAGGAGCAGGUCAAGGUAACCGUCGCGCACGACGUCGAAGAUUCGUACGUAUCGUCGACGACGACGACGACGACGACGACGACGACGACGCAACGUCCACCACUGACUCAAGAUACCUCUAUGGAAGCACUGAGUGCGAGCGGCUAUAUCGUCUCGGCGGCGCUCGUGCUGAUAGUUGGAGCACUGGUGGGUGUCCUGGCGACGAUAUCGCGUCAUCUUCAUCAUCGUCGGCUGCUGGUGCACGAGCCGGUCCCACCCGGCUCCGCUUCCUCCUCUUCCGCUUCGAUUCUCCAUUAUCAUCAUCGGCAUCACCAUCAUCGUCAUCGACAUCGUCGCGAGGAGCCACCGCCGCCGCCGUUACAGCGUUGUCUUCUGCUUCAGGAUCAUUGCCAUCAUCCUGAUACACCGAUGCUGUCGGUGAGCCAAGGAAUGGGGGUCGGCAGCAGCGGACGCGGCGCAUCGGCGGGAGAUGACCCAACCGCUGGUGCGGCGAGCGGUAGAGGCGGUGGCGGGGGCGGCGGCGAUGCCAGGAGACGUCGCGACGUACAGGAGGUGAUGAUCGCCGCGGCGAGAGAUCGCGCGAUCCGCGCGGACAGCGUCCGGCAGGAUCUCGCUCUCAAUCUACCGCCGCGACUCGAGCUCCCGGACGGCGAGGAACACCCAUACGGGGCGCACUCGGAUCUUCAUCUCCGUAACCCGGAACAGGAGAGCGAGAUCUACCAAAAGUGCGUGCGAGCACCUCCGAAUCGCACAGUGUUUGAUAGCGAGAGUCCGCCGCCUUAUCGGACCCCACCGCUUAGUAGCAGCCAACACAUCCAUACGGGGCUGCUCGAUCUGCCCGGCGACCGGAUAUCGCGAAGUCAGAGCCCUAGCAGCAGCAAUUUAUUACUGAAUACUGCUCGCUCAAUGUUCAAGAUGUUCCCGAGCCAUACGACGCCGUCAUCGACGUCGAUGCCGGUCAGCAAACCGCCCUUUUCCAGUUAUUCCGAGUCCAAUAGUAACGUGAGCAGUAAUCUGAGCAGUAGCAAUCUGUCCAACAUCACCGUGGUGCCCUGCGAGACCGAUGAGAGCCGGCAAGAACAGCAGCAGCAGCAGCAACAACAUCAGCAGCAGCAAGUCCAUCAAAAGGUCUGAUCCGCGGUGUCCUCCUUCUUCGAUGCCAUUGUCGUCAUUGUCGCAGUCGCAUCGUCCGAUUCCGAGAACGAGAAAUGGUUUUCAAGAUCGUUUUGUGCGACUGCAACGACAACGACGAUGCCCUUCAAGACUGAUUAUCGGAAGAAACGUCAACAAAGAAUAGAUCCCAUCGGUCGUUCCAUCAAAUUCAGCAACGAAUAUCGCAUAUACGUGAAAGAAGAUAUCAUCCCGGCCGGUGGUAUCCACGUUGAAUCGUUCUUCCGGCGUUCUUCUAUAAAGAAAUAGAGAGAGAAAGAGAGAGAGAGAGAGAGAGAGAGAGAGUGAGAGAGAGAGAGAGAGAGAGGGUCGUCCGUUCGUGGCCUAAAGGAGGGCCGGCGGAGGUAUAGAAUAGCCGGCUCCUGAUAUAGCGACUGAAGAGUCAAAUCAGUCAUAUCAAGACUGCGCUCAAUCGCCGUGCGUUGAUUCACGCCUCUGUUCUCUUUGUCUUUUCCAUUGUGAGAGUCGAUGCGCCGCCACCGUCAUCGUCGCCGACGCGUCUCAUUGUGCAAUUCCACAUGCGGCCAGUGUCUAGCCUAGAUCUCAGAUUAUUCCAAAGCGGUGGCACGAAGAUUACGAUGUUGCUUCGAGCGUCGGCAUCAGAGGAGAAGCGAAAGUAAAAGCGCAAGACGAGUGAGGGAGGCGGUCGAAAGCCAGCGUGGAAAACGGGGCGUCAUCAACGCGCGACGCAAAGCGAUGGCCUACCCUGGAACAAGAAGCUCUCCUGUCCAGGAAUUACAUGGCGAGAAGCUUCGCUUCGAGGAGACAUGAGUUUAGCGACUCGCAUCCAUAUGGACUCGGCGACGAAGCGGAUCCGCCGGAUUACCCUCUUCCAGCUCUCGACGGAGGCUCGACAUCGCGGAAGUUUGUUCAUCGCGCGCGACAAAGACUUAGUAAAUUAUUUAUUGCCGAUAUAUAACAUUUUAUUCGCGACGGACGGCUGCUGCGCGACGGCCGGACGGGACGAGUGCGGUUUCACGCGAUGGUGGUUGUGGAGAAGAAAAGAAGAAGAAAAGAAACGGACGGACGGGACACGAGUUAUUGUAUGAUCGUUUGUUGCGUGAGUGCGAGACCAGGCGUGCGUACGAGUAAAUGCAAGCGCGCGUGUGCGGAACGAGUAGAAAGAAAAACGCGCAAGAGGCGCGGCUAAUUGCAGGGUCGAGAAAAAAAAAAAGAGAGAAAGAAAGAGAAAGAGCGGAUCCGUGCGCGCGCGUGUUUGUGUAUGCGUGUAAGGAGCUAUAGGGGGAUAAUGUAGUGCCAAGAGUGAAAACGGAAACUCUGUACAUAUUAGGCUAGGUAGUUCAAUAUCAAUAUACUUAUUACGACUAAAAAAAUGAUAUGCUACAUACCGAUUUAAAAGUAAAACAUCAAACAUACGUUACAACACGCAUACCAUUAAAAACACGAGAUGGCCGGCCGUACGAAACCGUAACGGGACGCGCACACGUCUCAGACUAUAUAUUUUUCUGGCAUAUAUAUUCUUUAAGUCGUCGAAUAUAUUCUACCUCGAAUGCUAUAUAUUUUGCAAUCGACAAUAUUGAGAUUCCGAUUGACGUUAAUAAAGGAAUUCAUUAAUUUAUUUUUGAUUUUGAUGAUGGUCUGUUUAUAUUGUUGUAUUCGCGUCAAAUCGAUAUAUCUACGUGUAGUUUAGAGAAAAAAAAAUAAGAAAAAUUGUAGUCUAUUAUCGUAUAUCUAUUUGACGCGAAUGCAACAAAUAAAAGCGCAAGUUCUUAUCAUGAAACAAGAUUUACAAAAUUCGUCACAACUGCAAUAUAAGAAAGGAUUAAAAAUUGAUUUUUCCGACAUUAACGUUGAAUUAAAUCAUUCUUUUUCUUUCAUUCUAGUUUAAAAUCAUAAUUGUAAUAUGAGAAGAUGAAGCAUCAACGAUUCCAUGGCAGAUAUUAUCUAGUUAACUAAUUUAUGCUUUUAUAUAUAGCAGGAUUUUUUUCUAUCUCUUUCUAGGUUAUCGAUAUAAGAUAAUCGAUAAAUGUAAGAGAGGAAGAGAGAGAAUAAAUGAAUAAUCAAUCAUAGUGUGUGUAUAUUCAAGUAUCGAGGAAGAAUUAAACGAUCGUUUUUUGUUCGAUAAACAUUAUUUUGCAGAUAGACAAAUUAUUUACAUUCAACGCGUAUGGCGUGUGUAAAAAUAAAUAAUAAUAAAUCGAUCAGAAUGUGCGUCCCCUUUGCGUUCCGAACGGCUUGGACUGUGUCCGACAUAACACUAUCUUUAUUAUUAUUCAAAUAGAUAAGGCCUCAGUUUUGACAAAAUAGGACGAGUUCUGUUCGGAUGAGGAUUCGAGCUCGAUGAUGCGUUUUAUAUCUCGCUUUGCAGUCUAAUAAAUAAAACCGCACUUAGAUUUCAGUAUAAUUUACUCUAGCAAAAGUCAAUAUGAUAGAUUUCCAUUUUUAUAGAUUUAUAGAUUUAUCAAUGGCUUAUAUCUAUAAUGAACUAUCGCAAAUUAAUACAAUCUGAUUCAGGAUUAUCUUUAAGACAUCAUCGAUAUCUCAUAUUGUCUAGAAAUGUAUUUAAUUUUCGAAAUCGAAAUACACAUGGACAAUUCAUUCAUGCGGAAAAGACGAAAAAGCGAAAACGCCUCGUUAAUUUCGAAUCUUAGUUUCGAAACAGAGCGAAUCAUUCGAUUAUUUCACAUGAGAAGUCAUCAAUUAUUAUUAUAUUUCUUAAGAGUCCACGACGCAGGGAGAAAUUGCAAUGAAAUUAUACAUUUCCCUUUGUGAUUACGGAUCGUGCGUGGCAUACGAGGAAUGCGCGAGAUAGAAGUAAAAGAUGCCACGCGCGUAGAGCCGGAUAUCAACUCUCGUGUGCACUUCGUUGGCGUGAAUAAUUUCGCGAGCUUCCGCUUCGUUUCCGAGGGAAUGCCGAACUGGGUUGGCGCCCUUAAAUCUCGGGAUUUCGGAUUCUAGUUAAACGCACAAAAUUCUCAUCACCCGUGAAUAUUGACACACACUGUUCGGCGCCCAAACCGAUGCGUGUAACGUCUCGAGACGGCGAGAUCCUCUAAUUAUCGUUAUAUAAAUUCUCUUCCUAAGCGAGAAGAAAAAUUAAAAUUGUAAAUUGUAAUCUUCGAGAGAAUGUCCGGGCAAAUGUGUGCGCACGGCGACGUUGUUUCGUUUCAUGUUCAUUGGUCGCUGUGUCGCGCGAGUCGAGGGAGGAAAUAUAUCGUCUUUCUGUUUCACCUUUAAAAUGUGUUCACACGCGCAUGCAAUAUUAGACGACGAGAUUUAAUCGUAUUUUAUUCGUAAAGAAAUUAGAGCGCGUGCGGAGCGAAGCGAUCGAGAAGGAAUAUCGGAAAGAAUGUCUGAUAUCUCUUUUUUUUUUGUUUUUUUUUUUUUUUUU